GCUCCUUUUUGACUUUUGUAACACCAUCCAUCAGGGUCGCCCAGUAUUGUGUGGCAUUUUUCUUGGAGUUUGCUCGAGUAUCAGCAGCAGUGCUUCAAUGCAGCAAUGUCAAUCAUAUGUUGCCAAGAUAGAACUUACCCCAGCCUAUGAUCAGCCGUGAUGUUCUGAUCGCCGCAAGCCUACUAUCUCUGACAUCAUAUCACAAUGGCGCUGGACCUAUUCUCCCCUUAAGAGAUCCCAUUGAGUGAAACAUGAGGCUUGGUUAUGGCCGUCCGUUUUAUAUCCGAUGCGAAGUUACGGUGAUGAGAUGGAGGGCUCAAAGGAUGCGCCGAAUGCAAGGAAGCAUGCACAAUCUGGCUGACUCCGCAACAUUCCAAUUGGACGAUGGACCUUCUUGUGGUGGAUGUGACCUUGAAGCAGGCUUGGAGAUAAGUUCGAUGGCGUACAACUUUGCAGUUUUACUUGCUGAGAAGCUGAGGGGAAUUGCGGUGCGUACAAAAACAGUUUUGUCUCAGACAUCUCAACGUUCAAUAGAGACAUGAUUUGCAGCUGAGUAACGACGAUGAGAGGGCGAGCAAUAAGAAAGGCUCAUCGGCAGGCUACAACUGCAGAAUGACGAGUCAUUGAGCACAUUGUCCACUCAGACCACGGCCCUAAUUAAAUUUCAAGCUUGGUAGUCUAUGGCCUGGUCGAUCUGCCACGGCACUCAUUCUCAUGGUUAUCAGAGAACUUUGGACAGAAGUAUCCUAGCUUGGGCGGCCGAGACUGGAUUACAAAGACAAGAACGUUUGCGCCGGGUUCAAAAGAUAGAGUUCGUUCCUUUCUUCAGCAGUCAAAAGCGGAAUAACCCUCUGAUACCUAACAUUGGUAACCUGAAGAGGUUGAGCGUACCUUACUUUCCAAGUUCUACCUCAGGCAGAACCAGAAAAAGCUCUUUCAUUCGGCCACCUAACCAUUUUCUCGACUUUGACCUCCAUCUCUCAACAACACUCUUUAUAUUUCACUAUAGAGCUUCCAUAUCCGCGGUUCGAUCAUCAUCUGUUUCACGGCAUGAAGCGUGAGACAGAGCCAGGACCCUAGCUACUGUAAUCGACUACAUAGCUGCAAGACAUCCCAUUUGCAACAGAGUUCGCCGAGGAAACGCAGGAUUCAUUCAGCCCGGUAACAGGACAUCAAGCAAAUUAAAGCUCAAGUCGGCAAGCUUCGCCGUGGUUCUAUGCCUCUAUUUGAACCGGCCCGAACCUGGUAAUCGAGCGCGACGAUAAUCGUGAUCGCAAUCGCAAGAGAUUCCCAUACUGAACAUAGCCAAUCUUCAUCGUCCCAUUUCUCACACAUCCCUACAAUCAAUCAGUUCUCAUUUUAAGCCCAAUCUGUCCAACUUCCGUUACAUGCGCAGAAAUUCCGAUUUCGGUCUCAAUUUGACUUCAAAAUCUUCAAUUGUUCAACUCAGAUAAUUCCCAAUCCGUGUUGUGCAUGGACCACAGCGCCCAACUUUUGUUCUCUAUUGCCGGCGCAAUCGACGAUCGAGUGGACACCAAGUAUACCAGUACUUCUGAGCAACCUCGUUAAUCCCUCCUGAGAACGCAAAUUGCGACGAGAAAAAGAGAAACAACAUUGCGCGCUUCAAAGCGCCAUUGAUCUGCGACUCCUGCAAGCCUUCAUUCUCUCUCCCUUGACUCGCGGAGUCGGCCUCGAGCUCCUUGAAACCCCCGGUCGGGUAUCCUCGAGUUCGUGAGCUUCCAAAGCUCACCUCUAGUUCGGUUACGUUGUGCUAGAGCCUAGCACUCUACUAGCUAGUCGACGAAUGCGCAUUGCCCGGGCUUUUUACCCAAAUUCGACCUACGACUCGCUGUGACUGGCCUUGAUGUAAUUGUGAGAGCUUAGGUGGGCCAUCUUCAACCGUCUUGGCUCCGCAUCGCAUUCUCCCCGCUACAAAGCCGUCGUGACGCGACUGAGAAAGCAGAAGUCAUUCAGGUACCAACAGCCCAAAGUCGUUUUCGCUUCUGGCGCCAAAAAUCAAAUCUGAUUUCUUUGGGGUGACCAGAGAAGAACAAGGCGAGAGCGUUCAAGCUUCAAAGACUCAGGUUGUAACUUUGACGACACCAUCGCGAAUCCCUUCGCAGCAUGUCAGACUGCGCCGUGCCAUCCGCCGUCGCCCCCCCAAGACCUCAUUCCACCCAAAGCUCUUCGAGCUGAAGGUUGGAGCUCACAAAGCUUCACGACGGACGCCUGGUUCCAUACGCACGACAAUAGAGAAACAGCGAACCUCUCCUCUGGCCCCACAAACUUUGUAACUUUGCGAUAGCCUGCGGUCAGGCUCACUUUUCGAGUGAUGGAUGUCGACAACGAACAUUCGGACGCUGGUAGUCAACGGCAACCCAGUGCUGAACACACGCCGCAAGGAGCUUCUGCGCAGGUUGGGGGAGCUUCCUCACAAGGGAAUCCUACCCCCCCCACCUCAGUUCAGUCCUCCAAUACGCCCUCGACUGCAUCAGGUCCUGCAACAACCAACGUCACCCAUACACAAAACUCGAAACGUCGCCGAGGGCUGGGUGUUGUGACGCCCAAUGCCUGCACGGAAUGCCGCAAGAAGCGCGCAAAGGUAUGUACAGAUCAGCUUACUUUCCCGGAGUCCCUGGUUGCGUAGCCGGUUCUUGUUCUUCACUUUCCUUGUACGUCAUAGCAUGUCUCACCACCGCAAUUUAUUUAGCUUGUGAUGGACUUCCACAAUUGGCUGCAGUGCUCGCCUCGUCCCGUAUCGAUUAUCCCGUAAACUCAUCCUUGCUAACAAUUAAUGUUAUAGUGCGAUGGCAAAAAACCGUGCGGACGAUGUAGAGCACAGAAAGAUGCCGAAUGUGUGUACGAGAUUCCCGUGCGCCAGUCGAAGGAGAACCUCCGAACCGAAAUCGAAACUCUUCGACAGAAGCAGCGUUCAAGUGACCAAGUCUUCGCUGCUCUUGUCCGGCCAGAACUAUGGGAAGAGGUCUUGACCCGCCUUCGGGGCGGCCAACCCAUCGAAACCAUUUCAGAAUGGUUAGCAAGCGCACCACGCCCUGGGGAGCGUUCGAUACCUUCGUUUCCCUCCCGUUCCGAGGGACCUACCAUGGGACCUACCCCGGGGUUCCCUGGAGGUUCGCUGGGUACAUUGGCAGCCAUAAGCCUUGGUGCGAACCAUCAACAAUCGCAGCAGUCUUCCAUGAGGCCCGAGAUGGGUCAGCAUAGUCCCUGGCAAUCUUCCUUCAGCCAAACCGGAUCAACGAGGAGCAACUCACACCCCGAUGUCAUGAACUGGCAGACAGAUAUGCGAGGGCCGCCACAAAAUCGAGUUGGGUCUUGGGCCGAGGGGAUGAACCCUGAUCAAAUCUCGGACGGUCUUCCACGAUAUCGUGGAGUUGAACAGAUCCUGUCACCAUUGAAUGAACCGGGGCUGCGAACACCGACUUCAACUUGGACCGUGAUUACCGGCGAUAGCGUUCUUGUUCAACAUCUUUUGGCGUUGUAUUUCUGCUGGGAGUAUCCAACAUUUGCUUCUCUGAGUAAAGAACACUUUCUACAGGAUUUCCAAGAGGGACGGAAUCGAUAUUGCUCACCGAUACUGGUGAAUGCCCUUCUUGCAUUGGGGUGUCGCUUUUCGACGCAGCCCAUGUCUCGAGCCAAUCCCAACGACCCUUAUACGUCUGGCGACCACUUCUUCAAGGAGUCACUGAGACUAUUUGCCCAGGAAACGGAUCACCACUCCCUCACAACUAUCCAAGCUUUGGGGAUAAUGUCGAUCCGAGAGGCUAGUUGCGGGCGAGAUUCGGAGAGCUGGUAUUACGCUGGGCAGAGUAUUCGACUCGCCAUUGAGAUGGGACUUCACCGGAUAAUGGACGAAGGAGAUGAAGAUGAACUCGCUGUGCAGUCAGCAACCUUUUGGGGUGCUUUUGCGCUUGACCAUGCAUGGUCCCUCGCCACAGGCUCAUUACCGCAAUGCUCAUGCUUCCCUCAUCUACCACCAAAGCCUGCGAUAAUAGGAGACAUUGAAGCGUCUCUUUGGGUGCCCUAUACGGACGACGGCGCUCCCUUGCAACGCUCAUGCCAACAACCGUCUAACGUGCGUUCCGUAUAUAAAUGUUUCUGCGAACUCAGCGAGCUCGUACACCAGUCUCUGUACAUUCUCCACUCCCCUGGAAAACCCCUUACAGCGAGAGAACUUUUGAACAUGUACACACAGUACCUCAAUUGGUAUGAUCGUAUACCUGAGGUCCUUCGACUGGGGCACAAUUUCACCCCAGCUGUGCUGUUCGCUCACAUGUACUAUCAUUUCGCGAUCCUACUCUUGUUCCGGCCUCUAAUCAAGCUACGGAUCAUUGGAUCCAAGGUUUCGCCUCGCGAUGUGUGCUCACAAGCGGCCGACGCCAUUCAAGGCCUUCUAAGAUCUUACUCUUCACUCUACACUUUGCGGCGAACGCCCUCGUUCGUACCAUAUUUUGUCCUCACAUCCGCCAUCAUGCACCUAGCGAUUGGUGCAACAACUGUCGGCGGCUCGGAUACGACCGAGGCGGACAUGGAGAAAGCGGUCAAGGUGGAUCCUCGUGUGGCCGAAUCCAUCACUCAAGGUAUUUCAGACCUCACUGAGAUGGCUCCUUGCCACCAAUUCGCUGAGCAGGCUCUCAACAUACUACGCUAUUUGGCCGCAAAGUGGGACAUAGAUGUCGAGAACAACGUCGAUAAGCUCACAGCAGAAGAGUACGACCGUUUGGUGUUGCCGCAUACGGGGAGUCUCAACUUCUUCUCGCCCAACCUUAGAGAGGGAGACAUUACGUGCCAAUGGGGUGCGGGACCAUUCAUGGGAGAGCAAUCACCUUCUGUGCAGAAGACAGGAGACAAUAUGGAAAACCCCCUCUUCUGGCCUUUCCCGAUGCAAGGACGGCCGAUUCUUCCCAAUGGCAUCGAGUUGGAACAUGCAGGUUUUGCGAUCAUAUAGAAGAGCGUUUUGGUCGGCUUUCAGUUGUGAUCCUGCUUAUAUGGAUCGAGUCCGUACAGGACGACAGAUAUCCCGGGGUGUUGGUCGGUGUUCUUACCAGGCGAAAUGGGGUCAAAGGCAAAGAAAUGCGGCGGGCAUUUUCCGGCGAAAUGGGGCUUCGGUCUGUAGAGUCAUUAUCGCGGGUUCCAAAAGCGAUCUGUCAUGGGGUGUACCAACACUUGUGUAAGAGAAAAGAGUGAUUGCAAGAUAUCAAGGGUCUUGGUCGGGUUGUUGCUCUUGGUAGGUGGGUUUGAUACACGGAAUACCCUGGAGAGUAAUAGAAUCACCAACUCUGUCCAUGCAUAUGUUUGUUCUCUGAGGCUUGUGAUUGAUGAUGAGGCCUGCGUGUGUUGUUUGACAUGCAGGUCAAAAGGGCCAGUGUUUGCUGCAUGUAGUCUGAUGUCCAAACAGCAAUUGUGGCAUACCGUUGGCCCAUGCAUGCUUGCACUUCCACAAACACUCGUUGCAGUUGCAGCAUGCAGUUUCUUUGCAAGCCUUUCACAAAUGAUGCGGCGACAACGAGAUACGCGACAAGCCACAACCCAAGUCGCUCCCUCAUGACACAUCGACCCUUUAACUCUGAUUAAAUGCUGUCAAAUCUCGUCCAUCCCAAGUACAACGACACGCGUGUGUCACCUUACUCCGUCCCUCAUUGCCUUGAUUAGGCACGGCCCUGACCGUGA